AUGCGCUGCGACCAAGUGUUCCGGUUUAUUUUCUUUGUAACAACAUCACUUGGUAGUCCAGUGCCUUCUCAUAACAUCUUUAGUAAGCUAUUCAACACAUCCACCAGUCGUGCUCCCUUCAGCACGGACAUAUAUCAAGAGCUAUCUCAGCUCGAAGCCAAGAUAUCAGAUAUCACAACAGGAAAAAUCAAGCCAGUUUCAACCAUCGAAGAAGGGCUCUCACUCCUUUCCUCAAUUCCACACAACAACCGAACGAGCCUUCAAAACGCCAUCGACAUAGUAUCACUAGGUCUAGUCCCAUCAAGCAUCACCGACAUUCUCAACGGCAUAACGAACCAUGAAAUAAACUCCGUAGCCAACAACAACACAAAGAACCCGACUCCACAGAUUCAUCCAACAAGAUCGUUCGGGGACGCACCCUACGACAUCCCCGAAGCGACACUCCGCAGCGCAAUUUACAUUCCCCCAACCUUUUCCUUCGGCGAAAACAACAAAAUCCCCGUCCUCCUGGUCCCAGGGACCGCCGACCCAGCCGGCAGCACCUACUACUUCAGCUACGCGAAGCUCUUUACAGCAAACCCACACACAGACCCAGUAUGGGUCAACAUCCCGGAAAACUCGCUGGGUGACAUCCAAAGCAACGCCGAGUACGUCGCAUAUGCGAUAAACUACAUAUCAGCACUCUCACAGCGUCCGAUCGGGGUCCUAACCUGGUCACAAGGUAGCAUAGACGUGCAGUGGGCGCUGAAAUACUGGCCGUCGACACGAGCCGCGGUAAGCGAUUUCAUGGCUGUGAGUGGUGAUUUCCACGGGACGCUUCUUGCGGCUCUGUGCGUGUUUGCCAAGCCGUUUUGUUCGCCGGCUGUUCAGCAGCAGGCGUAUGAUACCAGGUUUAUUCGGGCUCUGCGUGGUGAGGGUGGGGAUUCGGCGUUCGUACCGACGACGAGCGUGUACUCUGGGAAUGACUUUAUUGUUCAGCCGCAGAGUGGGGAGUGGGCUUCUGCGGCACUGGGGGAUGUGCGUGGGGUUGGAGUGUCGAAUGUGCAGGUGCAGGUUGCUUGUGCCAGGGGUGCUGCCGGGGGUUCUUAUUCGCAUUCGGCUAUGUUGGUUAACCCGUUGGCGUAUGCUUUGUUUGUUGAUGCUUUGGUUCAUGAUGGGCCUGGGAAGUUGGAGAGGAUUGAUCUUGAUGCUGUUUGUGGGGAGUCGCUUGCGCCUGGUUUGGAUAUGGAUGAUUUUUUGGGGAUGGAGGCUGUGUCGAAUGUGGUUGGGGUGCUUGAUGUGUUGUUAUAUGGAUAUAAUGAGAGUGAGGAGCCGCCGCUUAGGGAUUAUGUUCAUCCCUAG